AUGGUAGUAAGCCCUCUCUUUCUCGAGCCAGUAUCCUGCGCACCUGUGGAAACUCGCCUCGCAGCUAUACGCGCUGCUCUAUCUGAAGGCUUCUCUCCCAACGAACUGGACCGGCGCCCCCGCGGCGUAGGUCGCCCACUGGACUGGGCGAUCGAGGAUGGCGCUGCCGCCGAUUACGCCCAUCUCAAGCAAAACCUCCCAAUUGUCCAUCUACUCCUUGAGGCCGGAGCUGAUCCCAGGCUUCCUUCUAGGCAUCCUUUUGGCUGGUCGCCGAUUGAUUCCCUGGAGGCUUGGUUCAAGCAAUAUAAGAUCAGACCGCAGGACUUCCCACCGGAGGUUUUGGUGUUGAAAUCGUUCUACGAGAAGGCACUGGAAGCUAUGAAAAGGGUUGCCGAUGAGCUUGACGCAAAAGAAGUCGCUGAAGCCGCCAGAGAAGCUCAGAAGGAGGGCUCGUUGUUUGUGAAGAAGUAG